AGUUUUCGCGUAACAACGAUAGAAGUUGGGUGAAUCCCUCAACUCAGCUUCGGACCGAGCAUAAACUUCACGCGGAAGUUUGAAAUUUGUGAUUAGCGUACAUAAGUUUAAGUACAAUUUUGGGAUUAUGUGAGUGGGUGUUUUAUUGGGUUGACGAGUGAUCCUAUUUUGGGUUAUGGUAUUUUUUUGGAAACGGUGUGUUUUUAUUAUUUUCAGCUCAAUUAUAAUAGGUUUACAGAGCUUAAAAGAAGUUCUGGUUAAGAUACCGGAGGCAGUGCGGCUAAGGGACACCGUUAGUUUGCAGUGCAAUUAUGACUUGGAAGGGGAAACGUUGUAUACCGUUAAAUGGUACAAAGGCAGCAAUGAGUUUUACAGAUUUAUACCAAAAGAGCAUCCCGACUCUAAGGUGUUUCCGUUACCAGGAAUUUAUGUAGAUGUGAGUGAAAGUACUCCAAACGAAGUUGUGUUACGGAAUGUUGAGCUAGAUGUGACUGGCAAAUACAACUGCGAGGUAUCAUCUGAUUUUCCUUCUUUCGACACGAAAGUCGGUUCGGCAUUUAUUUAUGUAGUAGAUCCUCCAGAAGAAGAUCCACUCCUAGUUAUUGAUAAGCAUCUAGUGGAUAUGGGAGAUUACAUAAAGGCAAAUUGCUCAACCUAUCCUUCGCACCCUGCUUCAAAUAUCAGCUGGUAUCUAAAUGGAAAAAAUGUACUUCCUCGCUUUGUGAAGAAGCUAGAAGUUACUCCAGAGUUCUUGACUGGUAAACGGAAAUAUUACAGGGCACUAUCUGGAGUUGAGAUAGAAGUGACGGAAAGUACGUUUCAGGAUGGUAAAGCAAUUCUGAGCUGUGUUGCCACCAUUUUCAAGAUUUACAAAGGAGAAAAAAAGGAAACUCUCGAAGACGCCAGACCAAGACCUCGCCCAUCAUCUGUCUUAGGCCCAAGGGAUUACAGAUCAGAUAACCAGCGAUUGGAAAUUUCCAAGAUGGGAUUUCUUCUGACCCUUCUGCUGGUGCAUGCACCCAGAUAAAAGCAAGCCGGAUAUUGUGAAUUUAGAAAAAGAGCGAAAAACAGGGAAUAUUGUAUUGAAAGUGAUACGGACCCGUUCGGAUCACAUGCAGGUCGAAAAAAGGUUUACAGAUUUAUUUUCAUCUUGAAAUGACGACACUUUGCACAAUCAUUUUAUUUCAAUUACUUACGUCGAAGAGUAUGAUGUACCUACGUUUAGCUGAAAACUGAAUACCCAAAUAAAAUUAUUAGCCAAAUAAUUUUAAUAGAUUAAUUAAUAUGUAAAUAUGUGUACAUAAAAUUUUAAGAAUGCAUGAAAUCAUGAAAUAAACACACCGAGUUAAAAAUUACGUAGGAAAUUAUUGUUAUAUAGUGUGGGACAUAAACCGUUUUCUUUAAAUCAAAUACUAAUUUUUCACAAAGAGGAUUUGUGGUAAGAAUCUCAUAUGUGUGUUAUUUUUCACCGAAUGUCCACCUUGCAGAAUAUAUACAGUGGUUCUCAGAUGUAAUGUACUUAUUCUAAUGCUUUUUUUAGCGCUUUUGACAACAAAUCAUAUUGGCAUAAUCUAUCAGCUUGCUUUCUGGAGUAUGUUGUGAAACGGGGUUUUAAAAUAAAAUUGAAUUUUACAUAUUAUUGAUUCAUAGUAUUCGUAAUUUGGUUUAGUUUCGAAAGCUUGAGUAAUCGAUUCGGCUAUAAAUAUUUAGAGCUGCUUUUUAAUUGUUCAGACCAUUUCCCGAUAUAUCUGCUAACAUAUUAUAUUUUCAAUUAUCUCGAUUCAAUGAAGGGAUUUCCGAACUUUAAUUAAAUCUUUGACGACUUCAUUUUGUUUAAGUUUUUUCUUUCUUACUUAAUAUGAUUGAUGAGCUUGCAAAACGAUAUUAAUGCGGUUGAUUAAAUAACAGAAACCUCAACAAUGUUUAGUUUAUGUUGCAUUCAACCAAUAUCUCCAUAUUUAAUUUCAACGCUGCCUACUCCAUUUUACAAUCUCUACAAUGUAACUUUUCCACAUAUUUGGCAUAAGGAACAUUAUUAAAUAUUUAGUUCAUCGAUACUGCACAUAAGCUGCAUGUUUGCUAAGAUGCAUAUCCAGAAACUGAACAUUUUAAUUUUAUUGAGUUGUUUCUAAGCAGUUCAGUUUUCUUCAGCUUCAGAUGCACCACAGACACAGUAAGCAAACAGGUAAACAAUAGAUUAAUGUAAUAAUCUUAUAUUGAAUUGUCACAUUUUGUUGAGGUCAAUUAUGUUAAUCCAUCGAGAGUGCAAGUAAUUAACUCUUUGAAUUAAUUCGGUGACACACUGUGUAAUAAUGGGCAAUAAAACAACGCCCCCGAUGAAAUUGAAACUGAGCUCUGCAACUGAUAGAAACACACAAGUAAUUAAUCUUUAAUCAUUUCAAUUGAUCAAAAACACACCUCAGGAGUUUUGUAAUUAUGUUUAAAUAUUUAGACGCUAUUCUUGAUUUAAAGUUUGAUAGACGAGUAAUCCUGCCCAAUUAAUUGAAUAUAAAAACCGCUGUUACUAUAUUUCGAACGUUAUAUUUUUUCUAAGGAUGGUUUUAUAGUCUUAAUACUUUAUAAAAAAAUUCACUUGUUUUAUCUUCGCUUCUUGGAAGCCGAAAUAUCCAUAAUUUAAAUCAUUGUGAGCUUAGCUUCGUAACGAAAUUGCAAAUGAAAUUAAAGUUGCUUAAUUGACCAUAAAAUAUUCUAAAAUUUCUUUCAAGAAACUUUCAAGUAUAUAAAUAUUUUGUGUAAAUACAGAUACGAACCACACCAAGGUUCCAAAAAUAGGGGCGCACUUAAUUUUUGAGUAACUUUCAAAGUUUUGUAACUUUUAUACAAAUUAACCGAUUUUAAUAGGUUUUUUGUGUCAUUUGUAAAAUGUUUUUGUAUAUUUUUUUUGAGACCAUCUGUGCGAUACAAUUUAACUUGAGACUGAAAUGCAGCUAAAUCUUUUGAAACUACUUCUCUUUAUAAAGGCUUAUCUUUUAAUCAUUGUGUUAUGGCGAAAGUUAACAAAAUUACAGCAUGUUUACUAACUGCAUUGUGUAAUAACACAGUUCUUCACAGAAUGUGAGCUAAAAAUUAAUAAACAAACACAAGAAAAAAACAACAGCACAACAAAGGAAAGUAAAAGAGUGGUCUGUUUGGCUUACUCGAAAUUAAAUUUAUUAUUCUUGAUUGUGUUGUAUGAACUUCUUCUUCUGAUGGCUUCCGAUGCUUAGCCUUAAGGCCAGUGGUAUUUCAAGCCAAGUGAUAUCGCACUUACCUCAAUCAUUGCCAUGGAAAAUAACCGAUCAACAUUUGUUGCGCUUACAAGCAAUUACUGUAUAACCCAAAAAAACAUUGAAAUGAGUUAAUUUAUACAAAAGUUACAAUACUUUCAAUUUCACAAAAAAGUAUUGUGUGGCAUUUUUUAAAGAAUUGAGUGUGUUUGCACACCUUUAUCAAGCACUCGGGGUAAGUGUGUUCAGUGUGUACAAAUGGCGAACUUUCUCUUAAUGUGUAUUUUAAUUCCGGAAAAUAUUUCGGAUUCAUUGUGGAUUUCUGUUCCUUUGUAUAGUAAUAUUGAGGAUGGCUACAUAAAAAACCAGAAAUGUAUAACACUUUUCUAUUAUGUCAAAAAAUGUGUCUCCAAUAGAUGAUUAAAAAAUCGGUUGUUUAACCGGGACAGAUAACAUGUAGAUUAUAACAUAUGUACUUAACGUUUGUUAAAGAAAUGUAAAAAGAGCAUAGUUUCAUUUAAAAUAUUGGUGUGUGAUUAAGAUGACGAUCAAACAAAUAAAUAUUUAAUUGUU